GGCAUGGUCCACUGCCCGCGGAGACACACACCCAGCGAGCACUGAACACUGCACACGGCCGUCUACCCAGAGAGCUGUGACCACCAUUGCCGCUACUAUCUACUCAGAAAGCCGUGACCACUGAGCCACUGCUGCCUGUCCAGAGUCUCAUUCACAGCCUGCUGAACCUCGUUGCGAUGCCCGAGUUCCUAACUGUUGUUUCUUGGCCGUUCCUGAUUCUCCUGUCCUUCCAGAUUGGCGUGGCCGCUGGAGUCCCCCAGCCAUGGCACUGUGCUCCCUGCACUGCCGAGAGGCUGGGGCUCUGCCCACCCGUGCCCGCUUCCUGCCCCGAGAUUUCUCGGCCUGCAGGCUGUGGCUGCUGCCCGACAUGUGCUUUGCCGAUGGGUGCUGCCUGCGGUGUGGCCACUGCUCGCUGUGCCCAGGGACUCAGCUGCCGUGCAUUGCCAGGAGAGCCUCGUCCCCUGCAUGCCCUCACCCGUGGUCAGGGAGCCUGUGUACCGGAACCUGCCGCACCGGCCACGAGCACCUUGUCCGGCUCCCAGCAUGAAGAGGCAAAGGCUGCUGUGGCCUCCCAGGACGAGCUUUCUGAGAGCCCAGAGAUGACAGAGGAGCAGCUGCUCAAUAGUUUCCACCUGAUGGCCCCAUCCCGUGAGGAUCAGCCCAUCCUGUGGAACGCCAUCAGCACCUACAGCAGCAUGCGGGCCCGGGAGAUUGCCAACCUCAAAAAGUGGAAGGAGCCCUGCCAACGGGAACUCUAUAAAGUGCUAGAGAGAUUAGCUGCAGCUCAACAGAAAGCAGGAGAUGAAAUCUACAAAUUUUAUCUGCCGAACUGCAACAAGAAUGGAUUUUAUCACAGCAAACAGUGUGAGACAUCCCUGGAUGGAGAAGCCGGGCUCUGCUGGUGCGUCUACCCAUGGAGUGGAAAGAAAAUCCCUGGGUCUCUGGAGACCAGAGGGGACCCCAACUGCCACCAGUAUUUUAAUGUACAAAACUGAAAGAAGUUCUUUUCUUUCUCCAUGUUCACACAAAAUAUUUAAGUAUAUAGUAUAUUUAUACUCUGGAGCACACCAUUUUAUAUAUGUGCAUAUGUAUAUAUCCAGGAACUAGUUUUUAUACUCCACAUACUGCUUGAUAUAUGAAGCCGGUUUGUAUUUAUUCACUGUAAGUUUAUUUUUUUCUACACAGUUCUUGUGCUAUAUUAAUUUAUAUAACAUGAAGCUCUUCUCAUCUCCGUACAUGUAAAUACCGUAUCUCAGCUCUUCCAGAGUUCUGCUUUGAAAGGGCAGAGUGAUACUGCCUAGAACAGGUCAGUCUGAGGCAGGGAGCUUUCAGUGGGUUAGGGGAGGGAGGUUAGCCCUCAUUCAGGGAGAUUUCCUCAUCGUAUCCCACAGAUCUGUGUCUGAUGCACAUUUGCUGGGAAAGUUCCGAUGCUGAUUGUGUAAUUAAAGCUAAACGUGGAAAGCUGCCUCCGAUACAUUGUUAAAUACACAUCUGGAAUAAAUAUUCUAUCUGGAAAUACUAUGGAAUCCCAGCUGUGUCUUUGUUCCCUCUGUCCGUUUGUCUUCCCCCCACCCCCCUCACCUGACUCCUGAUCUGUGCUUUGGGGACAGAUGGUGCAAUAGAUGGUGCUCGUUUGUUUACAGAACAUCUUGCUCUGACACUCUGUGACUUCAUGGCCCCAUUUCCAAGCAGAUUUAGGCUUCUGUCUAGGCCAGACUAGAGAUUUCCCCACCCCCCAUCUCAGCCCAUCUCCCUUGCUUCCCAGGGCCCCCAGCCUCUCCUCUCCUUAACACUCCUCAGCUUAUUAACAGCCCAGGUUUCCACUAGCUGAAGUACACAUUUAGAGGAGUAGUCACUGGAUUGUUUGCGUUUAAGGCAGGUCUUACUCUGUAGCCCAGGCUG